UCGGCGCCGCGGGUCGGAACCUCCUCCGGGUCCGCCCCGGCCGCUGCCCACCUAGACCUGCGGCAGGCCGGCCGGGGAGGCGGCGGGCCCGGGAAGCGGCGGAGACGCGGCGCCCGCCGAGUCGGGCGGAGCAGCGGGCCCGGUGGGCUGGCGGCGGCUUCGCCAUGAACCCCAGGGGCCUGUUCCAGGACUUCAACCCGAGUAAGUUCCUCAUCUACGCCAGCCUGCUGCUCUUCUCGGUGCUGCUGCCCCUCCGCCUGGACGGCAUCAUCCAGUGGAGCUACUGGGCCGUCUUCGCCCCCAUAUGGCUGUGGAAGCUGCUGGUCAUCGCCGGCGCCUCGGUGGGCGCGGCCGUUUGGGCCCGCAACCCUCGAUACCGCACCGAGGGGGAGGCCUGCGUGGAGUUCAAAGCCAUGUUGAUCGCCGUGGCCAUCCACCUGCUGCUGCUCAUGUUCGAAGUCCUGGUCUGCGACAGGGUGGAGAGGGGGACCCACUUCUGGCUGCUCGUCUUCAUGCCACUUUUCUUCGUAUCCCCAGUGUCCGUGGCCGCCUGCGUCUGGGGCUUCCGACACGAUAGGUCGCUAGAGCUGGAGAUCCUGUGCUCUGUCAACAUCCUGCAGUUCAUCUUCAUCGCCCUGAGGCUGGACAGGAUUAUCCACUGGCCGUGGCUGGUGGUGUUCGUGCCUCUGUGGAUUCUCAUGUCAUUCCUCUGCCUAGUCGUCCUCUAUUACAUCGUCUGGUCCCUCCUGUUCCUGCGCUCCUUGGAUGUGGUUGCGGAACAGCGGAGGACGCAUGUGACCAUGGCCAUCAGCUGGAUAACGAUUGUCGUGCCCCUGCUCACUUUUGAGGUUCUGCUGGUUCACAGAUUAGAUGGCCACAAUACAUUCUCUUACAUCUCCAUAUUUGUCCCCCUUUGGCUUUCGCUAAUAACUCUAAUGGCCACGACAUUUAGGCGAAAAGGAGGCAACCAUUGGUGGUUUGGUAUUCGCAGAGAUUUCUGUCAGUUUCUGCUUGAAAUUUUCCCAUUUUUAAGAGAAUAUGGGAACAUUUCCUAUGAUCUACAUCAUGAAGACAGUGAAGAUGCUGAAGAAACCUCAGUUCCGGAUGCUCCUAAAAUUGCUCCGAUGUUUGGAAAGAAGGCCAGGGUAGUUAUAACCCAGAGUCCUGGGAAAUAUGUUCCCCCGCCUCCCAAGUUAAAUAUUGAUAUGCCGGAUUAAACUCUUCUGGGGAGCACCCAUCUGUGGGUCGGGAACCAUAUACACACGCAAAAUCCACCUUACUUUUGCCUCUGUGUUCAUCCAUCCCAAACUUGGAACUGAAAAUAGGCCCCAAACAUCAUCAUCUCAUGCCUUGUUUGAGAUUGAUGCCUGUCAGUCACUCUUCAGUAUGCACCAUAGAUGUAGGAGGUUAUUUUAAUACAUGGCUCUGUGUAUGUGUGCGCAUGCAUGUGUGCGUGUGGGGUGUGUGUGUGUGUGGUGUAUACGUGUGAGAGAACUUGCAUUCCAGGCUAGUGCUUUAAAAGCUAGCUUGGGAGCAGUCAGUUGAAUAGUAGGUCCUCAAACGAAAUAAAUACACUACUGGGUUUUGUUUUGUUUUUAAUGGUACCAUGACUGUCGAAAGUAUUGUUUCAAAGUAUUUUUAUACACUGCUAGUCUAUAGUUGUAUUUCAGAUUGUACCUGUUGUGACAUGAUAGCAAAUGUAAAGAAUUCUCUUUCCCUCCACUUGUUUAUAAGCCUUAGAGUUGUUAUUUUUAGUGUUCCUCCUGUUAAAAUAGUUUUUCUUUGGGCUUUGCUGAUACUGGUCUUUAAUAUCAUAAAAGGUGACUUUUUCUAAUGAAAUGAAUCCAUGCAUAUAUGAUAUUUAUAUGAAUAUUUUAGCAACGUAUUUUGUUGAAUUCUAGUUCUGUGCAUUACAAUGUAUUACGUGACAGUAUUUUUUUAAGUUUCUGUGUGAAGAUAUAUGUCUAUUGCAGCUGUCCUUAAAGAUUGCUUAAAACAUUAAUAUGUACCCAGUACAGGAUCUUCUCAAAGUACCAGCAUGAAUAUAGGGAUCGAAAAUCCCGUGGCUUUUAAUAUUCAGGUGUUAGAUGACUCAGUCUACACAGUUUUAAGGUCUCUGUUGGUAGAGGGAGGAGCCACCAUCCUUUGGGAACAGGUGACAUGCUCCGGUGUGAUACCAGGCCAUAAAGCGAUACUGUUAAUUUAGCACCUUCUAAUUUUCCAACACAGGUAGUAACCUGUCUUCAGGAACAACCAAAACAAGCAACAAGUGAUUUGUUCAUUGCUGAGAGUCUUAGCAUAUCACUUGGCUAUAAUAAAAAAAAAUGUUACUUGUCAUCAGAAUGCUGGAAAGAGUAGCCUUAACCAAAACAUGGCCAACAGGAUCAGGUAUUAUUUUAAGGUCCAAACUUUUUGAUCUGUCAGCAACAGGGUAAGAAGAGGUUAUUUGUAAAGUAAGUCCUGGGUACUUAUUUAGGUACUAGUGGUACACCAGGGAAUCAGAAAAGCAAAAACCAAAUUCUGGGAGAAUAAUGUCCUUCUGACUGAGAACAAAUAAAUACUUUCAAAAGGAGAUUGAAAUAGAAAAGUGUAGUGAUAUUAUUACUGGAGAAAAGGAAAGGGAAUCCAUUUUAUCAUUAGCAACUUAGUAAAAAUGAUCCAAAUUGCUAGUCGAGUAUUGCAAGUCAAUAACUUGAUUUACCCAGCGAGGGGCCAUGCCAGCAACAAAAGCUACUCCUGGGAGCCUGGCUCCCUGAAAGCCUGAGGACACCACAGCUCAGUUCAGUCCCCUGGACUGUGCCAAGCUCUCUCGCUGUCUCUCU